AUGGUAGAACGGGGAUCAUCAAUACGGAACAUUGAGUAUCAGUCAGGUCGGCUCUAUGAAGUUGAAACCAACAGUCUGAGUGGACAUCCCCUCUCGGUCUACGUCCUCAUGUCCAUCUUCAUGUUGUUUUGUCUGGUUGUCGUUACCGAACCACAGCAUACCUUUGUCUUUACGGCAGGAGAAAAUCUCAGAAUACCCGUUCGGUAUUCCAUUCUGACACAAGACCACUAUGAAAUUAGGAUACCAAAGGGCAAAGAAGGUGCUGUCGAUGCCUUUUCUCUGGAAACCUGUCCAACCUUUUCAGGGCAGGUCAUCAAUCUCAACUACGAGCAAGAUCUGCUGCUGAAUGGACAAGAUUAUCAGUAUGAUUACUUCAUUUUGCAUCCCGGAUCGAUCGUCUAUGCCAAAAUCACUGUAAGCCAGGGAUCGGCAUACUUUUAUUUAUUGCAAGGUGACGUCUUUCAAUUGGAAUCCUUGCGCCAUGGCAAAAGCUUUGACGUCAAUUCCUUUCGUGCCGUGAACAUGGUUUAUGUCUCGGACAGCAUCGAAGAAGGCGUCGUGGUGACCCAUACGGUCAAGAACGAAUUUGCCGGACGUGGUCAAGUCUGGGUGCUGUAUUACGAGAACCCAAUGUCGUCAGGAACAACCAUGCACACUCGAUAUGCCAUGAAGGCCACCUCGUACAACUUGAAUUCCUUCCGUCCGACAUGUUCUACUGGUUCUUCCACUAGUUCCUCCUCCUCCUCAUCAUCAUCAUCAAGUUCAUCAAGUAGCAGUUCGGGAUCACAUUGCGUGGUAGAAGCCAAUCCUUGUACCAUCGUCCAAGCUUCCAAUUACUAUUACGAUGAUGACGAUGAUGACCAAGACGAUGCGAGAGACGAAAAUGGGGAUGACGAUUAUUAUAAUCAGCAACAACAGCAACAAAAUGAUGAUGUGUACGCCAAUGCCGACGAUCAAUACGCUGGCAAUUACCGUGGCGACGAGCGGUACUAUUACAACCGAGCCAAGAUUCGAGAAGUUGAAGUGCAGGUCACCUUGAAUCGCGAUUGGACCGUCAUUGGUGGCCUGACGAGUCUUCCUACCAUAUUUGGUCUCUUUGUCAUGAUAUCCUUUCGACGAAAAAAGAAAAAGAGCGACCUUGAGAAAUCCAUCCAACAUGCCGAACAAACGGAGGAUGAUGAUGGAUACGAGAAUUGGAAAGAUGGAGUCAAGCCGGCAGCAGCAGCAGCAGCAGGAGCCAUACAAACGCCAUCUCCCACCAAGCGAGAUUUUCUCAAAUCCCUCUAUGUUCCAUCGUCCCAAUGGCAUAGUCCUACCAAAACCAGCAAUUCAUCAUUGUUGAUACCACCCUGCAAUAUGCCUCUUCCUCUUCCGCCUCCUACGACUACGACUACUACUACUACUCCUACUGCUUGCACUGAAAUGAGUACAUUGGGAUCGCAGGAACGACGGCCCUCGUCGUUGACUGCCAUCCAAUCCAUACAACAACAACAACAACAAGGUGCUGAACAACAAGGGAGAUUGCCAGCCGCAUCAGUAGUAGUAGUAGCAGCAGGGAAAAAAAAAGACCAAGGACGAAACAGUCGAAAUGAGGAUGAUUCCACAUAUGCUGCGUGA